AUGUCGCGUCUCAUCAGCCAUCGCCUCGAGAACGUGAUCCUUGAGAAAGGCGAGCUCCUUCUGAAAGAGCAGCCGCUGCUAGUGGUGCCAGUGGUAAGGGACACCCGGCAGCUGGAUGCCUGGGAGCAGCGGAUCCUGGCAGACCUCGCUGACUGCCCACAGCAACAACAAGACUCCUUCUGGGAGUUGGCUGACUGCCACACGGAGGUCGGCCAGAAGACGGCGACAGGGAUUGUGCGAACGAACGGCUUGCCCAUCGAGAGGGCAGAUGGUGCUGACGUCGUGGGCUUGUAUUCGACGAUGUCGCGGUUCAACCACAGUUGCAUACACAAUGUCAACAACAGCUACCAGGAAGACGCUGGUGGCGAAGUGCUCCAUGCGCUGCGAAAUAUUCGCAAAGGCGAGGAGCUGUGCAUCACCUACAUCGAUUUGUUUCUGACCCGGCAAGAUCGCCAAAGCACGCUGCAGAGGGUUUUCAACUUCCGCUGCACUUGCCCGGCCUGCUCCCUUACCGGCGAGGCCCUUCUGAACUCCAACCGCAGCCGCGACCGGCUGCAGCAGCUUCGAGAGGCACUGCCCAGCGCUGCGCAGCAAGGACUCGGCGAGGCGGUGAUUGCCAAGAUCGUGGAACUGAUCGACCAGGAGCUUGCGGGGAAUGCUGCCGCCAAGACCUACACGUAUCACAUGGGUCUGCAAUGCUUCGGGGACACCAACCGCUCUGCCGCCUUGAAGUGCGCCCAGCAGGCUUGGAAGGAAGCUGCUAUCGCAGAAGGUUCGACCUCUUGGCUGAGCACGAUGUUGGCUCAGCAGAUCGCGCGCUUCAGCGCGGAAGACGGCGCUGCUUGA